AUGCCCACUUGGUCUGAAAUAUCAGUUUUCUGGGGUGAAUUCUUAUCAAUGAGUACACCAAAUGAAUUCUCCCAAUGGGAUGAGUUCUCCGACGCAUCCCCACCUCCAUCUCCGGGUAGUGGGAACCAACUUGACCCAUCACAAACCAUCAAAUACUCUUCCUGCUCGGCAAAACAUCCCACAUCCAAACAAGCCGAGGACUAUUUCUGUUAUCCAUCCGAGACCAAAUACCGCAGUGAUAUGUGCAAUGCCUUGAAGGCCUACGAGGAAAGCUUUGAUCAAGUACGAAUUAUGAAACGCGUCUUGUAUCGGGAGGGAAGCUAG